GGCGCGCGGCGGGCACGUCGCGGGAGAGCCGGAGGACUGGGCUGGCGGCGGCGGUGAAGCUGCUCGGUGCUAACGGUCCGUUCGGUCGGGAAGAGCCGGAGACCCCCCCAACUACCCCUCCACCUCCCCCCCUCUCUUUAAGCGGGAUUUGGCGGCGCCUGCCCGGGAAGGCAGGCAACAAAAGUAAACUUUUUUUGAAAAAUGAGUAAAAGUUACAGUAAAUCAGGCUCGCUGAGGGGCUUGGAGAGGGUGGCGGUGGAAGUUAAGAGUAAGUUUGGAGCAGAAUUCCGAAGAUUUUCAUUAUGCCGGUACAAACCUGGAAAGUUUGAUGAAUUCUACAACUUAAUCCUUCACACACAUAAUAUUCCCAAUAUGGAUGUAUUAAUUGGAUACGCUGAUGUUCAUGGUGACUUGCUUCCAAUCAACAACAAUGACAAUUUCUGCAAAGCCAUUUCCAUGGCUAACCCAUUGCUCAGAAUUUUUGUGCAACGGAAAGAUGAGGUAGAUUAUGAUCUCUUUGGCACUGAUUCAUUGACAAGAAAGAAGAAACCUUUGGGAGGUCUCCGAACUGAUACACUUCGAAAGCGUGUUCACCUCAAUAUUAGUAUACCUCAAGACUUCAGACCUGUUUCUUCUAUUAUUGAUGUGGAUAUUCUGCCUGAAACUCAUAGAAGAGUCCGAUUGUACAAACAUGGAUGUGAAAAACCCUUGGGAUUCUAUAUUCGUGAUGGCACUAGUGUGAGAGUAACUGCACAUGGGCUAGAAAAAGUUCCAGGUAUCUUCAUCUCAAGGCUUGUACCUGGUGGCUUAGCUGAAAGUACGGGGCUCCUUGCUGUUAAUGAUGAAGUCCUAGAGGUAAAUGGGAUUGAGGUGAUGGGAAAAACUCUUGAUCAAGUUACAGACAUGAUGAUUGCCAACAGUCACAACCUAAUCAUCACAGUAAAACCAGUGAACCAGAGGAACAAUGUCAUUCGCAGCAGUCGUAUGUCUGGUAGCUCUGGCCAUUCAAAUGACAGUGCAACCAGUCACCAUAGUCUAUCCUCUGCUCAUAUUAUGCAGAAUUACAAUCCUGAAGAUGAAAGUGAUGAAGAAGCUGACAUCAUUAUUGAGGGAGCUGGUGACUCCCAGAACAUUCCGUUUAAGUUACUGCCUUCAUCCUUCACUUCUCAAACAAACAUUGGUAAUCUUAGUCAGAGACUGCAGAAGGAACUGGCUUUCAAUGAUUCCAUUAAAGACAACAAAGGAAAUAUACUUAAAACACUAACUGCAAUCAAAGCUGAGGCAAGGCAUAGUCUAGCUCUCAGCAGAGGAGGCAUUGAAGAGGAUGGAACGGUCAUAACACUUUGAAAGUUUGAUUCAGAUUGAUGUGGAGUACCAGCAGAGAAUAAUGAGUUUAGUUACAGUUCAUUGUUUUUAAUUUCUGGAAUUUUUUGGAAUAUUUUCUAUUUUUAUUGGAAUUUGGUAUGUCAAGUUUUUUCAUGAAUUCCUUCAAUGUUUGAAAGAAAAUCCUGGUGAUAAAUAGGUCACAGAGUCAUAAAUUAUUUUAAAUUUGAGGUUUUUAGUCAAUAUACUUGAAAAGCACAUUACCAAAUGAUUUUAAACUAAAUAAAUAAUUGAGCUGUCCUUUGAGCAGAAGUGAUUGUUGUAUAGCACCACUUGCUGGGUAUGAGCAGAGGUUUGUAGCAAUAAUUUUACAUCACCUUAGAUUCCUCAAACGUGAUUCUGGGCAUUACACCUAUUAAUCUAGAAGCCCUUAAAAUAAUUUGAAGCAGUGGUCAGUCAUAACAUUUGGAAUUGCCCACUGUAGUUAAGUAUAUAUCAGCAUAAAAUGCCCUGUUCAGCAUUCACGUUCUGUAUUUUCAUUUCUAAGUUUUAAUGUUGAAUAUGUUUGGAGAUUAAUUACAGUAAAUGUUAAGUACCUCUGCAAUGUGUCUUUACCAAAACUUUUUAGAGCUGAAAAUAAUAACUUCUCUAUCAGCAAAUGGGAGAUAGUGACAGUUAGUAGUCUUUAGAAAAUAAUGGACACCAAAGAAUGAUCUGGAGCUUAAGGUGAUAUAAACAAGGCUUGACCAAAGUGCAGUUGUCAUCUGAGUUUCUUAAAUUUGACUACAUUAUUUUAUAGUAUCUUAUAGUGUAUGCAUUUCAAUUUUUAUAGGUAAAAUGUACUCUUAUUUGGGGUAUCUAUUUUUGUAUCUGCAGUGGUUGUCAAUGCAUCUAAUACAAUAUGUGGAAACCUGUGUUGUACUUUAUACUGGAAAAUUAUUGUCAUUGAUUAAUUCUUUUAUAUUUAACAUUAUAUUUAAUUUCUUUUCAUUCUUUAAGGAUAGUUUUCAGUACCUUACCUUCAUUGCAAGUUCUAAUUGGUCCUUUGGUGAUAGUACAGAGAUACAGUGAAUGGUGGAUUAAUAAAUAGUUCACUGAAGUACCAUUAUAUUCUGCAAAAAAAGACAAAAAAUUAGCUUGCAAUAAUAUACGGGAUAACUGUGGAUAAUUCCCAAUGAUUUCAUCAGCUUUAGGCUGACCUUUUAAAUGAAAGUGAUCUGUAGUUUGAAGCACUUAAGUUGGGACUAUGAAUUGCCUAAGACUUGAUGGGCUAGAUCAGCCUCCUGUGUUCUCAGGAACCUUUUUGCACCACUGGUUAACAAUUUGCAAUGACUUCUACAGUGAAACCCAAUUUUUUUUUGGUCUUUAUUCCAUGACUAUGCAUGACAUUCAUGUUUCUACCCGUGCAUGUAUUUAUUUUUCAAAGAUACCUGUAUGGAUCCAUUCAGCAAAUGCAUUUGUCCAUUCUUUUGCUAUCUUCUGAUGUCCGACUGUGAAUCACCAUUGUUCAUCUAUAUAGAUUCUUAAGUACUUCCAGAAUAGCUUGUCAUUUUACUUUCCUUCUGACUGCUUUCAUGUUGCUGCUGUUUAUGUACUUACAAAUAUAUCUAAUAUUAUCCUUUCUUAUUUGUCUUUUCCUGUUGAUUUGCAUCAUCAAAUUCCCAGUUGUUUCUUUUGUUAAUUUCUCCUGUUUCCCUGAUUGACAAUCUUGUAACAUGAGUAUGUGGAGCCCAGCAUGAAAUUUAGAACGCGGAAGGUGAACUUCUUAGAAUUCUGAGAAAUGGCAGCAUGGAUCUAAAGAGAUUGUUUAUUCUGGUUGGAACAUUUAUAAGUCAAGACAGCACAGUUCUAGGAUAAAGGAUUGGCCCUUGGUAUAAAAUGAGGAGAAAUGUCUUUAUUUUUGAGUUCCAAAUGUUUGAGUAUUUGUAGAUGUAUGUUGGAAGGUAUAUUUAAAACUGGACUGAUAUACAUGUGCCCGUAUUGCAUGGAUUCCCUUGUCUUUCUGGGUCCUGGCCAAGCAGGAUCUGUGUGAUACACCACCGGGUUGUGCAGUGAAGCUAUUUAUAUUGAUCUUCGUUAUCACCUAUCCCCCAUUCCUGUUUAAGUACUUCUUGUAACAGAAUCUGAGAUAUCUUCAAUUUCUGGAAACCAGUUAGAAUUUGGAGAUGUUGAGAAUAAAUCUUAAACCCCUGGUGGAUAUGUGACACUACUGUGGUUUGGAGUAUCAACUUUCACCAUUUUGUUCAUUUAAAUUAUUAAUGACUGGAGAGUUGUCAAUACAAGUUUUCAGGUGCCAUAUUAAUAAGACAGCAAAGAGCAGGUGGAGGAAUUUUUAAAGGGAAGUAAAUUAAAUGUGGGAAAAUAAUGGCAAAUGAAUCUGAUCCACUUUGGACCCAAGGAAGAUGAAUUAUAGUACUUU